AUGGCAGAAUCUAGCCCAACCGAAACCCUCGCCAAAUGGGUCUCAGCUCUUACAUACGAUGAGAUCCCAGAGUCCAUCAUCACCAGGACCAAGUACCUUAUUCUUGACGGCCUAGCCUGCGCAUUUGUAGGCUCUCACUUGCCGUGGUCCGAAAAGGCCGCUACAGCCCUCCUCUCUCUAGAGCAUCCCUUUGCUGGCGACGCCACCAUCUUUGGCUGGGAGGGCCGCAAGGCCACUGCAUUGACAGCCGCGCUGGUGAACAGUACCUUUAUCCAGGGCUUUGAGCUGGACGACUGGCACAGCCGUGCUCCCCUACAUUCCAAUUCCAUCCUAUUACCUGCUUUGUUUGCUGCAGCCCAGCAUGUCACAGGUAAAGAAUCCGACACUCGCAUCGACGGCAGGAAUCUGAUCCUAGCCACUGUUGCCGGAUACGAAGUUGGCCCAAGAGUCGGUCUUGCUCUAUAUGGGUCACAUGUACUCUCCAAGGGCUGGCACUCUGGAGCAGUCUUUGGCCCUGCCGCCUCCGCAGCCAGUGUUUCGAAGCUCUUGGGGCUCGACGCCGGCAAGGUGGAAGACGCGUUUGGCAUCGCCUGUACCCAGGCUUGUGGCCUCAUGUCAGCUCAGUUUGAAAGUGAGGUCAAGCGCAUGCAGCAUGGCUUCGCGGCCAGAAACGGUUUGAUGGCAGCAAUGCUCGCUCGGGAUGGUUACAUCGGCAUCAAAAAGGUGUUUGAGCGUGACUAUGGAGGCUUCUUGACCCAGUUCAGCGCUGGAAAUGGCAAGACACCGGCGUAUCUCCCCGAUGAGCUAGUCAAAGGACUAGGCCAGACGUGGCAGACGGAGAAUAUCUGCAUCAAGGCGUAUGCUGCUAUGGCGGGCACGCAUCCGACAAUUGACUGCGUUCGCCAGCUCCAGGAGGAGCACCCGGAGAAGAUGAAGGAUAUCAAGGCCAUCAAAAAGGUCACCAUUACACUCGGAGAUGCAGCCUUUCACCACGGCGGCUGGAAGACGACGCGGCCACUAACCAGCACCGGCGCACAGAUGAGUAACUCGUUUGUCGCGGCUACCCAGAUCGUUCAUGGCUCAGUCAUGCCCGUUCAGUUUACGCCGGAGCAACUUGAGAACGAGGACACUUGGAGACUAACAGAUUUGACCGAGUGUGUGCUUGCUACAGAUUCCGAAUGGCCCUUUUCGCGCCAGAACGUCAGAAUUGAAUUUGAAGAUAGCACUGAAAUCUCUUAUGCAAAGGACGGCGCGCGGGGCAUUAUCCCACCACUUACCAAUGAUGAGAUUGUUGAUAAAUGGAGACAACUCACAAAGAAUGUAAUUGACCAAGAGACGACCGACAGUAUAGAGAAGUUUAUCCUGUCCCUGGAUACGCAAGAAGAUGUUUCAGGGCUCUAUGAGCUCAUGGGUCGUUUGGCUAAGAACCCUAUUGCUUGA